UCCGGUAGCGGAGUCUGGAGAAGACGCGCAGAAAUGGCACCUCGCAAGGGGAAGGAAAAGAAGGAAGAACAGGUCAUCAGCCUUGGACCUCAGGUAGCUGAAGGAGAAAAUGUGUUUGGUGUCUGCCAUAUCUUUGCAUCCUUCAAUGACACUUUUGUCCAUGUCACCGAUCUUUCUGGCAAGGAAACCAUCUGCCGCGUGACUGGUGGAAUGAAGGUGAAGGCUGACCGAGAUGAGUCUUCUCCCUAUGCUGCCAUGUUGGCUGCCCAGGAUGUAGCCCAGAGGUGCAAGGAGCUGGGCAUCACUGCCCUCCACAUCAAACUACGAGCCACAGGAGGAAAUAGAACCAAGACCCCUGGACCUGGGGCCCAGUCAGCCCUCAGAGCCCUUGCCCGCUCAGGAAUGAAGAUCGGGCGGAUUGAGGAUGUCACCCCCAUCCCCUCCGAUAGCACCCGCAGGAAGGGGGGUCGCCGUGGUCGCCGUCUGUGAACAGGAUUCCUCAAAUUACUGUUUUCUGUUAAUAAAUUGCCUUUGUGUGA